AUGAUAUAUCAAUAUGAGGACAUGCCCUCGGCCAAUUGGAUGAUGAUAAACUAUCCAAAUGUAUUAUUGUAUCGCGUUAGGAAGGGCCUCACAGACGAAUUGUACAUAGACGUGGACACCUUGGCGCGCGCUGUUGGUCUGCUGCACGACACUCCCUCAUGUCUCGCCGACUUUGAACUGCUGUACCGCGUGGCCAAGCGCAACUACACACCUACACAUGUGCCCCGGGUCAUGGACGAAGCGGCCUCCUUCGGCUCGCUCCACCUCGCGCGCUUCCUUAACAAGCAAGGACACUGCUUUAGCGAUCGUGCUCUGAUCAUGGCUGCAGCUCAUGGACAUAUGGAUAUGCUGUUGUUCUUGGAGCCUCUGGCGAGGAGGCAUGACGUGACGUUCAGCGAGGCCGUCAUGGAUGAGGCAGCGGCCAAUGGACAUUUGGACAUUGUCAAGUAUCUUUAUGAGAAUAGGACCGAGCACUGUACCAACCUGGGUCCAGAGCGUGCUGCAUUCAAUGGUCACUCCAAAGUCGUUCACUUCCUGUUGGCCAAGUUCAAUCAUGUUCCAUCAAUGUGGACGCCCACCCUUAUGAACAACGCUGCUCGAUCAGGCGAUCUCGAGCUCGUCCGUUACCUUCACGAGAACAGAACAGAAGGAUGUACAUACUCAGCAAUGAACAUGGCCUCAGCGAAAGGACACCUUGACGUUGUCAAGUACCUCAUGGAGCACAGGACUGAGCGAUGCACUCAUUAUGCGAUUGAUGAGGCGGCAUUCAAUGGACAUCUACAUAUUGUAAUAUAUCUUCUCACGAUGCAUGUGCCAGCCGUUCAUGCAAUAGAGUUGGCAUGUAUCAAUGGCUAUUUGGACAUUAUAAUAUACUUGAACGAGAACAUGAGUGCAGCAGAAGAUGGCCAACAACAACAUGCACUAGUCACAACAAAGGCCAUUGAGAAUGCAGCGCUUUGUGGACACCUUAACAUCCUCAAAUACCUAUAUGCAUACUGGCCCGACGAGUUCAACUCUACGCGCAUCAUGGAGCAUGCUGGAAAGAAUGGCCACAUUGAAGUUGUACAGUACUUGCUAGGGGGCAGGAUGGCCCCAUUCACCGAACAAACAAUGGAUGAGAUCGCGGCCAAGGACCACCUGGAGAUCAUCAAGUUGCUGCACCAGGUGGGCGGUAUACAGCCCACACUCAACACAGCGAUGGAGGUGAUCAGGAGCAACACUGACUGCACAAGUCUGCCCUACAUCAUGGACAACAUGGAUAAGAAAAACGAGCCAUUAUCCCUCGCAGGAAUACUCAAGAAGCUGGUGUACAAGGCUGUCUACCACGGCAAUCUGGAUGCGCUGCAGUACCUUCACGACAAGUACCCGACUCAACUGAACGACUCGAUGAGCAUCGACUACAACCCCAUUGAUACAAUAUGCUCCAAAGGAAACAUUGAGAUGCUGAAGUACAUUCAAACAUACUUCCCCAAGCUAUUGACCAAGGACAAGACAAAGGAGUGCCUGUACAGCGCGGCACUCUCUGGACAUCAAUCACUAUUCAAGCUGCUGCUUCAGGAUUAUAUUUCUCAGGGAGGCUCGCCCGACGCCACCAUGAUGACAUUCGUCACUCGAUCAGGAUCCAAACGAUUGCUACAAUAUUUGAUUGAGGAGCAUCAUCAAAAGUCAUUGCUUAGUUCCAGUCUAUAUUAUGAGACAUUACAAACACAAGGAUAUUAUGUACUCAAGUAUCUCAACGAGACCCUACACGUACCAUUCCCCGACGCAUUUUCAACGUCCGUCAAGUUUGUUCAAAGUCAAGAGAUCAAGACAUACCUUCAACAUCAUUCAAAUGUUGGUGUUAAAUCAGAUCAGACUACCAUUGGACUAUUAGAUAGGAUCAAGUCCCUAUUUCAAUAA